AUGUUAGCGGUUUUGGUCUGUGCCGUUUUAUCGUCUGGAUAUGCUACGAUUGUGGAGGAUUUCAAGGACAAAGGCAUACAGUACGAAGAAUUUGGGAGGGCACGGCUUAUGCUCGAAAGGGAACGAUGUUUUCCACGAAGAUUUGCUUUGACGAAAUACGUGAACUCACUGGUAGAAGAUGAAGUGUCUGAUGUCGAUGGUCUGAUCCUGCGGACGAAACUUCAAAAUACUUUUGCCACUGUUUGCAACAACUUCAACCUCUCUACUGUUGCCCCACAUGUGCCAGAUGGAACGGAGAGCUUUCAACAGGCAUCCGGAUAUCUGGAGCGAUUCCGACUCAUUUGGACAACACGAAAAUUCGACAACGAUCUUCGAACCCUCAUUCUUCACAACAAAAUUAACCCGGCCUUCUUCAGUCUCAUUGAUGAGCAAUGGUACGACGAUGACUUGGAGGUGUCCGAAUUUGCGGCUGCUGCUAUCGUUUUUCCCAAAAGCUGUAAUAUAGCCGAAUUGACAAUCAGUGUUCUACUUUGCUCAAAUUUUGAAGAUUCUGCUCAACAAGGAGUUCUCUAUGCGAUCGCCCACGCUGGACAAUUCAUGCCUGAAAACAAGGCGUUCGUAUUCUAUGAAGUUCCUGAAUACGUUGUGGUGGUCGAAGAAGAGGGCGAGAUCAUCCCAAACGGAUCAUUCUUUUUGUGCAUGGAAAGAGCCCAUGGUGAAUGUGACAUCAACACGAUGGAUUCCUGUGACAUCUUUGCUUUGUCUACUGCCUCUAACUUCACUUUUGUCCGAACCCUUGGUACGGGAAAGAUAGUGGCCACUAAUCAACCAGAAGUAAACGUUAAUGGCACCAUGGUGAAAGCAUCCUCUCCCAUAUUCAUCCACCACUUCUCCUGCGAAAUGGAGGAAACUGAAGACGAUGAUACAAGGCUGGUCACAUAUUCCAAAGUGGUUCCAGUGGAAAAUGAGAUUUCAUUUCCCGGUAUGUCACUCUCAGCUAAGGACGCUGUUCACGCCAGCCAUCUUGCAGUCCGUUUGUAUCGCUUGACCCGCAAAGGAAUUCCUCUGCUCAGUGAUCAGCCUGGAAAAGCUUCUGUUUGGGAUGAUGUCAGGGACUUCUUCUUCCACCUUAUUUGA